AUGGCUAAAAGGGGGCCACGGGAUGAUGACGGCGACAGGCUGACGAGCGGCAACGGGAUGAAAUACGAUUCGACUCCAGUCACCGAAGACGACAGCCUCCACAAUGAGAUUGUCCCGUUCUCUUCGCAGCAUUCUAAGUCUACUCUCGAGGUACAGAGAAGUCCAAAGAAAGCGACCAGAGGAAGUCUGCUGCCUUCCCGUGCCUACCCAUCUCCUCGUUCACAAUCUACCAAAAGCAGCUGUCAUGAAAUCCCUAACCUGAAUCGGGAACCCGUUUCUCAACCGAGGACAUCGUCUCUUGCCUCGUGGCCGUCCAAUCCCAAAAUUGCCUGCCUCACUAAAGGCAACACCGCCGUAUGGAUGGCGGAGAAUGUCAGUCGCCGUCGGAAACUGAAUUUUCCGAUCGACGAACCGUUGAACUUUGUUCAGGUCUUGCGUGGUGAGUUACAUAUUUCUAGAUUUUGCAGCAAUUCGAUGGAGUCGGGAACGAUGAUGACUGAUUUGUGUUUGGUUAUUUGA